GUAAAAACGGUUAUUUUGGGGCUAACUGUGGUUUAAAACUCUUCUGGUGUAGGAAGGUCUUAAAUACCAUAGGUCUCCAUGGCAAACACAGUGUUGUGGUACCUUGUUGCCUAGCAACGGCCAAACCCUGCUUUACCCAUGGAUUUUUAGUCACAAAGAAGUACGUGUCCGAAAAUGACAGAGACAGUGAAAACAUCAGACCCUGUUGCAAAGGUUUUCGAGAGUUUCUUGAAUACCUACAAGAAUCUGGAUGCUGGUGACUCCAACUCAGAGGAAGAUGAGGAGAAGUUAGCAAGGAAGAGGCAAUUAUGCAACGAUCUGAGUCAGAGCCUAGGGACCAGGCAGCUGCUCUUCAGCUUAGACAGUGGACAGCCGCUUUUGGUUCUAAGGCCACCACCGGAUGUGGUUAACUUCCUCCGUCCCCGAUGGCCAGUAGAGAGUGAAGUCAUCACUGACGUCAUCCAGCACAUAGAUUGGGAACCUCCAGAGCCAGAGCCAUUUUAUUGUCCCUCAGGACAGGAAGAGGCCCCCAUCCCAGUGGGAGACAAACAAGGAAAUGUGGUGUACUGUGCUGACCUUGCCACAAAGUGUCCGUACUUUACCUGUUCUCGUUUUGGAGGAAGCAUGGCGACUAGGAGUCCCACCUCCCUUAUCAAACCAUCAGAUAACAUCCUCGAGUUUGAAUCUCGCUUUGAAAGUGGGAACCUUCAAAAAGCUGUCCAAGUGGGCGUCUACGACUAUGAACUCACCCUGCGUGCAGACAUGUACACUGAGAAGCACACGCAGUGGUUUUACUUCAGGGUUAGGAACAUGAAGGCUGGAGUGACGUACCGCUUCACCAUCAUCAACCUGAUGAAGAAGAGCAGUCUGUAUUCCCAAGGCAUGAGGCCUCUCCUGUACUCUGAGAGAGCGGCUGAUGAGGAUGGGAUUGGAUGGCAGCGUGUCGGGUCCAAUAUCCGUUACUAUCAUAACUGCACUCAGAACACAAAGGAGAAGAGCGACGCUGCCAUCAAUCUUUACUCGCUCACCUGGACUUUCCAGUUCCCCUAUGACUCAGACACAUGCUACCUGGCCCACUGCUACCCCUACACGUAUUCCCGCCUGCAGGGCUACCUCAAGCAGAUAUCCUCCAAUCCAGCUGUAGCAUCAUACUGUAAAGUGCGCAUCCUGUGCAAUAGCCUCGCAGGGAACGCUGUGUACGUUAUCACAAUAACAUCUAGAGGAACCAGCCGGGAGGAUGUGAGAAGCAGGAAGGCUGUGGUGGUGACAGCACGGGUCCAUCCGGGAGAAACCAACGCAUCCUGGAUGAUGGAGGGGUUUUUAGACUUUCUGCUUGGAGACUCAGAGGAUGCACAAGUUCUCAGGGAUAACUUUGUUUUCAAGGUUGUACCGAUGUUGAACCCUGAUGGUGUCGUGGUGGGAAACUACAGGUGUUCCCUGGCAGGCAGAGACCUCAACAGAAACUAUAAGACGCUGCUCAAAGAUUCCUUUCCUUGUGUUUGGCACACCAGGGAUAUGGUCGAAAGACUGAUGACUGAAAAAGAAGUAGUUCUUUACUGUGAUUUCCACGGUCACAACCGCAAAAACAACGUGUUCAUGUAUGGAUGCAACAGUCGAGGCAAUGCUUCCAUCAAGCUGCAGGAGAGGGUCUUUCCACUAAUGAUGAGCAAGAAUGCGAGCAAUAAGUUCUCCUUCCAGAGCUGUAAGUUCCGGGUGCAGAAGAGUAAGGAGGGAACAGGGCGGAUCGUCAUGUGGAGACUGGGCAUCAAAAACAGCUACACCAUGGAGGCUACCUUUGGCGGCUCCACUCUGAAUGACAGAAGAGGGACCCAUUUUACUACUGGGGACUUGAAGUCAAUGGGCUUUUGCCUCUGUGACACCCUGCUGGACUUCUGUGACCCUGAUCAAACUAAGGUGGCAUACUGUCUAACAGAUGCAUCGGCCUUAAUGAGAAAGGAUGUUAAGAGGAAAAUGAACAAGGAUUCUGUCACAGACAGUAACUGCUAUAUGUCAGAACUGGAAACUAGCACAAGUGGCUCAAAUAGUUCAGAUUCUGACGGACUUCCUGUUCACUUGCUGCACCCGCAAAAAGGUUUAGAGAAUAAAAAAACUACUGUUGAGAAGAAAAAGAAAAAAUUAAUAAGUCGUAGGGAAAGACAGAGAUUCCAUCCGGACCGAAUGAGGAGUAACAAACCGGCAAAGGUUGUGGAGAGCAGCAGCAGUAAUAAAGACUCUGGUGUGUCUCAUCAAAAAACAGAUCCAGAGAAAAAAAAAGAGAACACUGUUGGAGGACAGAAGAGGAGAUGGCGGCCAAAAGGUCUGAGGAGGAAAUCUGAAAUCACAUCUCCAACCACUCAUGCUGAGGAGGGGAACUGUCAGGAAAACCUGUGCACAUCGUGCAAUCACCACGGGUUAGAGGACGUCCCAAGUACGUUAACCUCUGUGUCACCUCCAUCAGGCGAUGAAGUGAUGAAGAGAAGACAGACGAGCUGCAGCUGUCAGCUUCUCACUCUGAGCCUUCCUCCUUCAAAUCUGAUGCAGAUCAAACAAUACAGCUGUCCACCAUCUUUGUCUUCCUAUCAAGGCUGUAAAGGUUUAUCAAAUUUCUUUAUGGCUUCGUGCAGGGUUUCUCCUUCUGCAUUUGACAGGACAGGUCCAGGCGUCGCUCCAUCCACAGCCGUUAUCAGCAACAGAAGUUUACAGAAGGUCUCAAAUGACUUUUUAUCCAUCGGUGCCACUAAAUCGCUCACAGGCAUGACCAAAACAACACAGUGGAGCAGAGGUCGAAAGGAUUCAUGAAAAGGGUCAUCAGGACAAUCGUUCUUUACCGUGCCUGCAAAAUUUGUUAGACCCACUGAUAAAUAAAAAGCUUUAUUGCA